GUAGUAAAAAACAUGGUAGAAGGGGUAGAAAAUGGAAGUCAGUGGUGGGGAGCCCGAAAGCAUUGAAGCAACUGAGGAACUCUCUUUUCAGUCCGACUAUACUGGCGUCAUUUCCGUCUGAGACUUGGGCAGUGUCAAUUGUGUGUCUGUAGAUAUUUUGUCUGUACAUUCUCUUCCGGUUAUAGUACCAAGCGUUGUAAAUUUAUUUAUAUUUAACAAAAUUUUUAUCUUAUUUCAUCUUUCAAAAUGAAGAUUUACAAGGAUGUUAUUACUGGUGAUGAGAUGUUUUCGGACACAUACAAGAUGAAGCUGGUUGAUGAUGUGAUUUACGAGGUCUAUGGAAGGGUAGUGACACGGUCAAAUAACGAUUUUAAAAUUGAUGGAUUCAACCCAUCAGCUGAAGAAGCUGAUGAGGGAAUUGAUAAGACUGUAGAAAGCGGAGUUGAUGUAGUUCUUAACCAUCGAUUAGUCGAAACCUUUUGUUUUGGUGACAAAAAAUCAUACACCCUUUACCUUAAAGAUUAUAUGAAGAAACUUGUAGCAAGAUUAGAAGAAAAAGCACCGGAUCAAGUUGAAAUAUUUAAAACAAAUAUGAAUAAGGUCAUGAAAGACAUAUUGUCACGGUUUAACGAUCUACAAUUCUUUACUGGUGAAUCAAUGGAUUGUGAUGGUCAAGUAGCCAUGAUGGAGUAUCGUGAGAUUGAUGGUAAUAGUACACCUGUGCUUAUGUUUUUUAAACAUGGCCUCGAAGAAGAGAAAUUUUAAAUAAAUAUUAGAUGAUUAUCUUUUGAAAAUUAA